AUGGCCUCCGGAGGCGCUCGGAAGCGGCCCCCGCCCGGCCCCCGGCCCCGCGCAGUCUCCCGCCCGGACCUGGUCCGGGUCCGCCCGGCGCCCGUGGGGCGAUCGCGCCGGGCCGGGCCAUCUUCGAGCGCCUGGAACUUGGGGAGGAAGGAGGAGCCGAUCCGCGAGGCCCGCCGCCGCCCAGCUGCCCCGCCCGCUAGUUUCCCGCAGUUUGGCGCCUCCUCGGCGGGUGCGACGGCGCACGGGAGACCGCGCCGCGACCCUCGGGAGGGUGGACCUGUUCGGACCCAAGGGGCCGACCUCGCGGUCAGAAGGACGACCGAGCUGAGCGCGGGCUCACUCCGGAGCUCGGGGGACAGGACUGGAGGAGUCCUGGGACCCCGCCCGCCUGGACUCCGCGCCCCCGGGCCCGCCCCCGCCGCGGGCCGGCUCCAGCCCGUGCGGUCGCGCCCGGCCCGCGCCCUCCUCCCACCCCGCCCCGGGCAGCGCCCCCGAGCUUCCAGACUGGAACUGCCUUCUCCUCCUGGACCGAGGCGGGCGCUGCGCUCUCUGCACCUCCCCAGGCGUCAAGUGUCCCGAGGACAGGUCCCGGGCCAGGGCGUCAUGGAGCCCCGGGGGGUGCUGCUAAGUGCGGAGGUACCGGGAUCUGCGCCCCCGGAAAAGCCCCGGGCAGCUGGGGAGCCGCCCGCCGCGGGACGGCCCCGCACGGAGGGCGGCGUGGAUGGCGGCUGCGCGGCGGCGGCCCCGGGCCCCGACGCCGAGCGCGGGUCCUCGCAGGAGCCGGCCAGCCCCCGGGAGCAGGAGGCGCGGCUGGAGAGCCGCCGCCGCGCGCGCUCCUUCUCGCUGCCCGCCGACCCGAUCCUGCAGGCUGCUCAGUUCCUGCAGCAGCGCCAGCCGCCUGCCCCGGGCGCGGAGGGCGGCGAGGCGGCCGAGGACGCGCCGCUCGGUCCGGGCGACUGCUGCGCCAAGUGCAAGAAGCGGGUGCAGUUCGCGGACGCGCUGGGGCUGAGCCUGGCCCGCGUGAAGCACUUCAGCGAGGCUGAGGAGCCGCAGGUGCCGCCCGCCGUGUUCUCACGCCUGCGCAGCUUCCCGGCGCGCGCCGAGGACCUGGAGCGGCUCCCCGGCCUGCUGGCCGCGGUGGUGGCCGCGCCCCCCCGCGCGCCGCCGCCGGCCCGGCUGCAGCCCCUCUUCGAGCUGCCCGGGCCGAGCGCCGCGGCCGCGCGCCUGCGGAGACAGCGCGUGUGCCUGGAGCGCGUGCAGUGCGCGGCGCCCGGCGGCGCGGAGGUGACCGGCUCGGGCCGGGUGCUGGGCUGCCCCGGGCCGCGCGUCGUGGCCGUGCGCUACACCUUCACCGAGUGGCGCUCCUUCCUGGACGUGCUGGCCGAGCUGCGGCCCGAGCCCGGGAAGCCUCUGCCGCCGGACGCGCCGUCGGGGGAGCCCGGGGACGCCGAGGAGGAGGAGGAGCCCGGCGCCGAGCGCUUCCACUUCGCGCUGUCCCUGCCCCCGGGCCUGCUGCCCAAGGAGGGGGAGGACGCGGACGCGCCGGGGCUCGCAGUCCACUUCGCCAUCUGCUACCGCUGCGCCCAGGGCGAGUACUGGGAUAACAACGAGGGGGCCAACUACACGCUGCGCUCGGGGCGCCCGGCCGACGCGCUCUGA